AUGCUUUCCAAUCCUACUGCCACGUCGGGGAACAUGACAAAUGGUCAGAAUGAAACUCAACAUUCUUCAAGAAGCAUUCUGGAUCAAGUAAACGAUUAUUUGAAUGACGGUAAAGGAACCAUCGAUACAAACAACAUUCAUAUAAAUCUUCAUAAUUCUCAAUUCACUGCUACCUCUCAUGUCCCUGCUUCUCCCUCAGAGGGGUAUAACCCUAGCAAUACCACCAUGCAUAUGAACAUGAACGUGAAUAUGGACGUGAAUAACCCCAAUAGUCUCGUGUUGACUCAAUCGGUGAGUCAUGCCUCAUCUACAGUUACUGAGAAUACUCACAAUUGGAGUCUAGGUGCACCCGCAACUGCAGUACAAAUAGAUUUGGAUGAUCUUUCGAGAUCAUUGUUGGAAUAUUCCAACACAAAUCAUCAUAACAGCCACAGCAAUAGCAACAACAAUAUUAGUCAUAUGAAUGAAUAUUCGAAUGGAUCUCAUCAACUGGCCAUGAACCACCAUAUAUCACAUCAUUUGGAUAAUAUGAAAUUAGAUGUUGAUCAAGACUCAAAAAAAGAUAUGAGGUUUUCACCAAUGUUGGCUGCGGAUUUACAUUCGAACACUGAACAAAUCAUUCAAAUAUCACCAUCGAUUAAUCCACAAUUUACCGCUACUACUCAUUCUACUUCUUCUACAGGAUUAAACAAUUAUAAUUCAAACAAUACUUCAAACCAAAAUUAUAACUUAAAUAACCAAUCGAAUUAUAAUAUUACAAAUUCAACUUCAAGUUCGGCCCCCAGUAAUGGAUUAACUGCAGCAGAUUUGACCGUUAAUCUAUUGAAUACUCCAUUGUUAACCAAUAGGAACAACAAUAAUGAUAAUUCCAACUCUUCAAGUUUAAAUCGUAAAUCAAGUUCAUCUUCGAAGAGAAAGAAAAGUUCAACUUCAAACUCUAAUAGCAAUUCUAAUACCGUUCAGUUUUCUCCUUUAACUUCACCAGCUAUUGGUCCUACCACAACGACUUCAAAGGUUACUAAAAAUAGCCCUUAUUUACAGAAUUCCAAAAGAAAAAUUAGUAAUUCUGAGCCAUCCUCCAUGAUUAAUUGGGAGCCAUUACCAGAAAGUAGUUUAGAUAAUCAUUCAAUUAGUAGCAAUGCCACUUCAAAUCCAAUCAGCAUAGUGAAAGGUAGAAAAUUACAGAAUUCUUUCCCAAAAGUAAUUUUACCCUCCCAUAAAACUUCGACUUCGUGUGAUAAUUCUUCAAACUCAAGUAACAAUUCCGCCACAGUAAUGAAUACAAAAGAAUCAAGUGUGGAUGGCAAAGAAAAUCAUUCAAGUACCAACGAUUCAAGUUCAAAUUCAUCUGUGUUAAGAGCUACAGAAUCCCCAGUGAUAAAGCCAAACAAAAGUAUUUUAUUACAAAAUUUGAAUUAUGAUCCACAAAAAAAAAUAAAUAAUAAAAGAGAUCAACGUAAAUCAGAAACUAUUGAUAGAAGAUCUAUUAAUCUUCAUUCAAAUGGUUAUAAUCAUUCUCAAAAUAAUAAACUCUUUAAAACAGAUUCUUUUGAAAAUGAUAAACUUUGUAAUAAUUCCAUAAAUGCACCAACUCAUAAUAAAAAAGAAGUUCAUAAAGUGGCAGAGCAAGGUCGUCGUGAUAGAAUGAACAAUGCGUUGAAAGAAUUGAAUUCUUUAUUGCCAGAAGAAUUAAAAGAUGAAGUUAAUGUGCCAUCAAAGGCUACUACUGUAGAAUUAGCUUGUACUUUUAUCAAACAAUUAUUGUCCGAAAGAAAAUUAUGUCAAAAUCUAAUUCAGACCCAAAAUCAAAGCCAAAUUCAAAUUCAAGAUCAAGACCAACAUAGCCAACAACAUUUUAAGCAAGAUGAUGCAAGUGACGAUGAUAAUGGUAUCAAUGAUAACAAUGGCAAUAAUAAUGGUAACACUAAUCACGAUAUUAUUAACUCUAAUAGUAUGAACUCUAGUACUGGUCAUAAUAGUAAUACUAAUAAUAAGAAUAAUAGUAAUAAUAAUAAUAAUGAUGAUGAUGAUGAUGAUAAUAAUAAUAACAAUAAUAACAAUGAGGAAGAUGAAGAUAUUAGUGAUGGUCAUAACAGUAACACAAAUGGUUCUAUGAUCAGUGAGGAGGAUGAAGAGAUGUCAUAG